CUGCACUACGAGACCCUCCUGGGCAGCAGAGCUUGUGCCCACAUGGCAGCAGCUGCCUGGGCCAGUGCCUUUCUCUAUUCACUGCUGCACACAGCCAAUACAUUUUCCCUGCCCCUGUGCCAUGGCAAUGCCCUGGGCCAGUUCUUCUGUGAAAUCCCACACAUCCUCAAACUCUCCUGCUCCAAAGCCUAUCUCAGGGAACUUGGGCUAAUUGCUUUUAGUGCUUGUUUAGCAUUUGGUUGUUUUGUGUUCAUUGUUUUCUCCUAUGUGCAGAUCUUCAGGGCUGUGCUGAGGAUCCCCUCUGAGCAGGGACGGCACAAAGCCUUUUCCACCUGCCUCCCACACCAGGCUGUGAUCUCUGUGUUCCUCAGCACUGCAGUGUUUGCCUACCUGAAGCCUCCCUCGAUCUCCUCCCCAUCCCUGGAUCUGGCCCUGUCAGUUCUGUAUGCGGUGGUGGCUCCAAAUUUCCCAUCUCAAAACCACUGCCAGAUGGAGGAGAAGGCUGCGAGGAAGAGGAAGAUGUCCCAGGACCACCAGCUGCAGGACAACCCCUCUGCCUUGGCCAUCCUGCUGGGGAUGCACUGGAGGUAUCUCGUUCCCUUUCUCUCUGGCACGGAGGCAAAGCCCAUCCGCUCCUUGUCCUUCGUCCCCCAGACAGGAAGCUGA